AUGCCUAAAAAUACUCAAAAUAAAGGCCCUUGUGUAAUCAUUGAUUGUAAAAGUACUGUUGAUGUUGAUAAAUUUAGAAGAAUUACUGAUAUUGCAUUGAAAAAAUUACAUGAACAUCCAAAUUGGGAAGAUUUUAAUUUUUUAAAAAUUGGUGAUCAACUUUGUUUUACCCAUUAUAUGAAGUAUGUUGAACCAACUAAACGUAGAAGAUUAGAAGCAAAAGGUUAUAAUGAAGACAAUAGUGAAAUGGAAAAUGUGAACAACAAUCCUUCUCUAAGAGGCAUUAACAUUAAUAUCACUGAAGAAGGAGUUCUUCUAUCUAAAGAAGAUUUUAAGCU